CAUUAAAAAAAUCCAUUUUUAUCCAUUAAAAAAGAAAAAACUGUGUCCCACAAAAAAAAACGAUUUCGCAGACGAAGUUAUUACUUCAUUAUUACCAAUGGUAUGGAGAUAAAUAAAAUGAUAAUUUUUAAUGAAAAAAACCUCCAAACUCGAAGAUGUAAAUUGGAAACUUCAUAAUUAAAUCAUAUCUAAAGAAAGAACCACAUUAAAUUAUUAAAGCGUCAUUUAAUGGUACUUGCCAAUGCUACUUAUCAUACAAUAAGUAAAAUAUUUUUACACAUUAUUUAUUUGAAUUCCUGAAUAUUAACAUAGUCUGAAUUACUUGGAAUAUACAAAAUAAUUUGCAUUUCUGUUAACAAUUUAAACUAUAUAACUGCAUACAUUUAAAAUUGUAAAUGCGUAAUUUAUUUCAUUCGAUACUCGGUUACUUCUUCCUGUAAACCAAAGCAAAGGACCAAUUAUGACCUCUUUAACGGGCAUAUUUGUGAUGCUCCUCUUCAGUCUCACUGUAGCAGCAAUUGAUAAUUUGCAUCCCUUGUCCGACGAAUUCAUAGACCUCAUUAACAAAAAACAGAAUUUAUGGAGGGCUGGACGCAAUUUUCCAAGCAAUAUACCUUUCCGGCAUAUCAAAGGACUGAUGGGUGUCCUGCCAAAUCGGAACUUCGAGAAAUUUAAUACAAUGACUCACGAUACCGAACUAAGAGCGUCGCUUCCUGAAAAUUUCGACCCAAGAGAUAAGUGGCCCAACUGUCCUAGUUUAAAUGAAAUUAGAGACCAAGGAUCCUGUGGGAGCUGCUGGGCUUUCGGAGCAGUUGAAGCUAUGACGGAUAGAGUAUGCAUUCAUUCAAAUGGUACUCAACAUUUCCAUUUUUCUGCUGAAGACGUAGUAAGUUGCUGUAAAGAUUGCGGUGAUGGGUGUCAUGGGGGACUUCCAAAACACGCAUGGCGCUACUAUCAAAAUGUCGGCAUUGUGUCUGGAGGCAAUUAUGAUUCUAACCAAGGAUGUAGACCAUAUAGCAUUCUACCUUGUGAACAUCACGUACCUGGCCCUAGACCGCAAUGCGAUAGCAUUGUUAAUACCCCUAAAUGCAUAAAAAGCUGCCAAGCUAUCCAUAACACACAAUAUGAGAAAGACAAGCAAUAUGCUAAACAUGUUUAUUUUAUAAGUGAAGGGGAAGACCAAAUAAAAGCUGAAUUAUAUAAAAAUGGCCCUGUAGAGGCCUCAUUCCAGGUAUAUGCUGAUCUAAUAACAUACAAAGAUGGUGUAUAUAAACAUGUAUACGGCGAUUUUCUCGGUCUUCAUGCAGUUAAAAUUAUUGGAUGGGGUGUGGAAAAUGGAGCUAAAUAUUGGCUUGUGGCGAAUUCAUGGAACACUGAUUGGGGAAAUAAGGGUUUCUUCAAAUUUCUACGCGGUGAAAACCACUGCAAUAUAGAAAGCGAAAUCGUGACUGGCAUACCUCUAUUAGUAAAUAUUUAAAUAUGAAAAAAUGUAAAUGUGAAGGUAGUUUCAG